AUGGGCAACAACCCUUCCAAGGCCGGCGAAGGGCCGCCGGACCAUACCCCCAAUGCCCCUGGUGACCGAAAGGUCGUUCGUCGCCCCUCUCUUAACGCGAUCCCGACGCAGAAAGCUGUUGCGGCCGACCCUUCAGCAACCAGAGAGACAGCCGCAGGUCGCCCAGCAGCUUACCCGAGCACUGCCCACCAGCGGCUCCAGUCCCGAAAUGCCGGUGAUUCCCCAACCGGAAGAUCUAUCAAAUCUGAAAGACAAGAUGGGAGGAGGACUGAGUACCCGCAGGGCAAGGAUAUCCCCUCGCCGGACACCUCCAACCCAGUGCAGGUCCCCGUCUCCCGACAGUCCGCAGACCGUGAUCCGAUGAAUCCGAUGGCACCCUCGGCACCGCCUAUUAACUCUUACUAUAACACCUCGACACACCUGCAACGUCCGCCACGCUUGCCGUUGCCCAUUGGCGAUGCUAACACCACACCCGGUUCCCCUAUCAUGGGACCGGAGGAUUCGCAUAUUCAAUCCAUGCCUGCGGACCGCGUGAUGGACGAUCACAUGGGUUCUGCGGCUGCCAAUCUCAGCAGUACCACAAUGGAAGGAGAUGAGGGUGGGGACGAGCUUUCGCCAUAUGCGGUCAGUGGAGUUGGUAAGGCAGUGCCCACCGUCAUCGAAUGGAAUGCGCCCGGUCAAAAGGUCUAUGUUACCGGAACAUUUGUUAACUGGGAGAAGAAGUUCAAGCUGCACAGAAGCGAAAGUGGAUCCGUUAUGUCGACAACACUGAAUCUGCGGCCGGGUACACAUCACCUGAAGUUCAUUGUUGACGGAGAAAUGCGAGCUUCGGAUACUCUUCCCACUGCUGUUGACUUUACCAACCACCUGGUCAACUACGUUGAAAUUAGCGCAGAUGAUGCCCACAGGGAGAACGACAAGUCUACUACCCCCUCCGGGGACCGUACUUCUCAGUCAGAACAGGAUAGUUCCAAAGAAGGGCUAGUGGAUGCGGACGAACCUCCAAAGAAAGAAGUCGAGGAAGAAGUUCCUCCGGGCGACUUUGGCAGUGUCAUUCCCCAGUUUCUCGCUGACCUGGACAGGGAGGAAGAUCACCCAGCCUAUAUACAAGCUGCUAACAUCAUUGGGGAUACUGCAACUCCUCCCAGCCUGCCUCUUUUCCUGGGUAAAUCGAUUCUGAACAGCACCACCCCAACCAAAGAUGACAGCAGUGUUCUCAAUUAUCCCAACCACACUGUCCUGAAUCAUCUUGCCACGAGCAGCAUCAAAAAUGGUGUUCUUGCUACGAGUGUCACGACCAGAUAUAAGCGAAAGUACGUCACAACCAUCUUGUACAAACCAACCGGCGAUAUCACUGGGGAGUGAGCAAUCCCCCGGCACUUGAAUCGGC